ACAGACGGUGGUGGACCGGGGGAUGGAAACCCAGGUCGUCAAACUAAAUGAGACACAGGGAAGAGAGGGGAUUUGCACCGCACUGCGGUCAUGUACUGACGAAUUAAUCCAGCGAGAAGAAACAACGACCCACCUUCGAAGGGAUCAGCAGAAACUCAAGACAUCGAUCCAGAACAGAUUGGAAGACUUGCAAGUUGGGGAAGAUCAAGGAAGUGUUCUGACUAAGGUCAACAGAAAACCGAGCGCCCAGGGAGGGGAGUUUGACUACACUCCCGAGGAGGUGAAGAAAUGGAGGACAGAUCUCGGGAAAGGGAGACGGACGCUUGAAAGGACACUGAAGAUGACUAUCGCGAGUUUAAAUGAAGUGGAAAAGCUGAAAGUUGACCUGGAAGAUGUCCUCAGGAAGAAACAACCGGAGGCUGAACAUUCUUUAACUGCUGCUUUUCAGGUCAGGGUGGAAGAAGCUGGUGGGGUAACUGCGUCCCAGAUUGAGAUGGCCAGGAACCCUGAGUCAGAACUACUGAGGCUGUGGCGAGAGUUGAAGGAGUCCCCGAAGAAGCUGACAUCUCGACUGCAGGAGGCUGAAGGGGUAGCCCCGGCUAAAUGUUUCAGUUUGGAGAAACUCAAACAGCAGCUACCAAUCGAGGGAAUGAGGAAGGAUACGGGUUCGAAGGAUGAUGUGCUGCACAUAUGGCACCUCAAGGCAAUGUUCCUACAGAAAACCCAGCACCUAAUAAAAGAUGAUGGAUGGAGAGAACACAGGAGGGCAGCAAAUCACUCAGAAAGGCCAAACACUCGAGGCCCCACCUCAGAACCAGGAAUGGAGGUGAACCCAUCAGGACCAGAGAUAGUCAACUCCCACUGGAAGAAGCACUUCAAGACCUCCUCAACUGCAAGUCUGUCCUUGACGUAAGUACCAUCGAUGCCAUCCCAUGGAAAUCUUUCUAGGCCAGCCUUACUGCUAUUUCUGGCUGACAAG